UACACGCUGCGGCCCGAAUGCCUCCUGCAGUAACACUGACAAAAGUUUUGUCUGUGAGUGUGUGUCUGGCUACAGGUCUUCCAGAAGAGUCUCAGGGAAGCGUGGCAUCGCCCCUCUGGACUGCUCAGGGGAGGGGCCGGUGCCCUGCCUCUAAGCACGUGGCCCUACAAUAAUGAGCAAGGAGAUCUGGUGAGAGAAAAUUGCCUCCAUGUCACAGCAGGGGAAACCGAGGCAUCAGAUAUUGACGAAUGUUCCCAGGACCCAUCGCCCUGUGGCCCCAACUCCAUCUGCAUCAACAUGCCAGGCAGUUACACCUGCACAUGCCAACCAGGCUACCUCCCACCCAGCCAGCUUGACUCUCCCUUUAGCUGCACAGAUAUUGACGAAUGUUCCCGAGACCCAUCGCCCUGUGGCCCCAACUCCAUCUGCACCAACACACCGGGCAGUUACACCUGCACGUGCCGAGAAGGCUACUUCCCUCCUAGCCUGUCUGGUGCCCCCUUCAGCUGCAAAGAUAUUGAUGAAUGUUCCCACCAUCCAUCGCCCUGCGGCCCCAACUCCAUUUGCAGAAACACGCUGGGCAGAUACACCUGCACGUGCCAGGCAGGCUACCUCCCGCCCAGAAAGUCCAGUGCCCCCUUUAGCUGCACAGAUAUUGACGAAUGUUCCCGAGACCCAUCGCCCUGUGGCCCCAACUCCAUCUGCACCAACACACCGGGCAGUUACACCUGCACGUGCCGAGAAGGCUACUUCCCUCCUAGCCUGUCUGGUGCCCCCUUCAGCUGCAAAGAUAUUGAUGAAUGUUCCCACCAUCCAUCGCCCUGCGGCCCCAACUCCAUUUGCAGAAACACGCUGGGCAGAUACACCUGCACGUGCCAGGCAGGCUACCUCCCGCCCAGAAAGUCCAGUGCCCCCUUUAGCUGCACAGAUAUUGAUGAAUGUUCCCGAGACCCAUCGCCCUGUGGCCCCAACUCCAUCUGCACCAACACACCGGGCAGUUACACCUGCACUUGCCGGGCAGGCUACCUCGCGCCCAGCCAGGUUGGCUCCCCUUUCAGCUGCACAGAUAUUGACGAAUGUUCCCAAGACCCAUCGCCCUGCGGCCCCGACUCCAUCUGCACCAACACACUGGGCAGUUACAUCUGCAGGUGCCGGGCAGGCUACCUCCCACCCAUCCAGUCUGAUGUCCGUUUCAGCUGCACAGAGGUCACUUCAAAGUGCCGGGCCCAUUUCUUGGAAGAGAACGAUCUGGUGAGGAACUCCCAGAACCAGAGUCUGGACACAGCUCACGGCUCAUCCCCAGAGGAUGCUGCCUACUGCACUUUACUGAAAUCCACCUUCAGGACCUUGGGAGAGCCCUGCAAAGAGAAGAUCUCAACCGUCUGUCUGGAGAAAGCCGCUGGGGGAUUUGCCUCCAUCCUGGAGCAGACGUCCUCCUGGUCGAACCUGAGCACAGAGCAGCUCUCUGUCUCGGCCACCAUCGUCCUGCACAGCGUGGAGAGGAUUGUGAUGGACAUCCUCACCAACCCCACCGAAAACAGGAACUUGACCUUCCGGACAGAGGAGCUGGAUGUCCAGAUGAAAGUCAUUGGGAACGGCUGCAGCAGCGAGGACUCUGUCAUCAGCCUGGGAGCCAAAGGGGAGAGCAUGGAGAUUAGCUGCAGAAUGGUUCAGGAAUCAACAGCACAAGGCACGGCUGGAGUGGCGUUUGCCUCCUACGUGGGCAUGGAAACCAUCAUGAACGGCAGCUUCUUCCAAGACCAGAAGGACUCCUCUGGCCACGCUGUCCGGAUGAUUUCCAGGGUGGUGAGUGCCUGGCUGACCAGCCAGACCAAGAUCAAAGUCACAGAUCCAGUGAACUACACCUUCCAGCACAUCAUGCCAAGCAACCGCUCCGAGAAGCCCGUCUGCGUCUCAUGGGAAACCACAGCCCAGAGUGGCAGCUGGUCUCCGGCAGGGUGCAGGGUCCUGCGCUUCAAUGCCACUUACACCACAUGCAACUGCAACCACAUCUCCAGCCUGGCCGUCCUCAUGGCAUGGGGGGAGAUAACGGCAGAUUUCCCGCUAUUCCUCAUCUCCCACGUUGGGCUGGCCCUCUCCCUGCUGUGCCUCCUCCUCGCCAUCCUCACCUUCCUCCUGUGCCGCUCCAUCCGCAACGUCAACACCUCCAUCCACCUGCAGCUCUGCCUCUGCCUCUUUGUGGCCGAUCUUCUCUUCCUCACAGCGGUGGACCGUACCAGGCAUCAGGUGGGCUGUGCCGUCAUUGCUGGCUUCCUGCACUACCUCUUCCUGGCCUGUUUCGCCUGGAUGUUCCUGGAGGCCGUGGUGCUCCUCCUCACCGUGCGCAACCUCGGAGUCAUCAACUAUUUCAGCACCCACAGCCCCAAGAUGUGGUUCCUGAGCCUCUUCGGCUACGGAUUCCCCACUCUGGUGGUGGCUGUCUCUGCCACCCUCAUGCCAAAGGGUUACAGCAGGCAGGAGAACUGCUGGCUCAACAUGGAGAGGGGGUUCAUCUGGAUUUUCCUGGGGCCGGUGUGUGUCAUUGUGGGGAUCAGUUCUGUCAUUUUUGCCGUAACCCUCUGGAUGCUGCAGAGAAAACUUUCUAGUCUCAACUCUGAAGUGUCCACCCUCAAAGACACCAGGCUCCUGACCUUUAAAGCCAUCGCCCAAGUCUUCAUUCUGGGCUGCACGUGGAUUUUCGGUCUCUUCCAAACCGGCCCAGCCGCCGUGGUCAUGGCGUAUUUAUUCACCAUCCUCAACAGCCUGCAGGGGGUCUUCAUCUUCCUGGUGCACUGCCUCCUCAAUCGCCAGGUGCAGGAGGAAUACAAGCGAUGGUUUACCUGCAAAUCCAAGUCCUACUCUGUAGUCUCCAUGUCUGCUUCAGCCACCAGCAGCAAAGUGGUGCAGGAGGAAUACAAUCUAUGGUUUACCGGCAAAUCCAUGUCCUACUCGGAGGUCUCCAUGUCCACUUUAGCCACCAGCAGCAAAGUGGGCUGACCUGUGGGCCGGGAGGCAGAAGCUGCCAUCACGCUGUGGGACAAGGAAGAGCUUUUUGCAGGAUAUGAGUCCACCUUCAUUAAAGCGCUUGCAGCAGCAGGAUCAGAAUUUCUAAACCAGCCUCCCAUCUAUCUCUCCAGGCAGUGUGAUUGUGGGUUAAAUCUUCAGGCUGGGAAGGGGUAGGAGUGAGGAUUAGAGCUGGGGGUCCCGGCAGUAAAGACCCCUGGUUCUUCUAUCACUGGCUUGUAGGAUCUAGUAUUAAAACAGUUGCACUCCUGCCACAUUG